AUGGAGGCACUGGUGGCCGUUGGUUUGGCCGGCAAUGUCGUCCAAUUCGUUACUUGCGCGGGCAGCCUCAUCGCUCAGGUCAAUUACAUACGGAUGCAUGAAUCUCCGAAGUCCUUGCCUGAACUCGUGAAACUGUCAAAAACUUUGACAGGCGAUGCCGCUACACUCAAGACUCGGUUAAAGGCUUCCACGGCCACGCUCAAAGAAGAAGAUCAAAACCUGCUUGACCUCGCUACGGAAUGCGAAGAGUCAGGCAUCCGCUUCCUUGAUUACCUCAAGAAAUGGGAUAAAAAGUCAUCCGGAAUUCUGCACAAUGCGAAAACGGCCCUCAAAUUCCAAUGGAAAUUGCACCAGAUCGAAGAAUUCGCUGGGAAGAUUGAGAAACUCCGUGGCUCGCUUACCCUUGCGACUGUAUUGGCCUUUCGAACGAGCGUGGAAAGCAAUCACGAGGAUAUCCUGGAACACCUGAAGCAGCUUCAAAUAAACGCCCCACCCAAGACCACGGUCAAUGACACACAUCAACUGCAGUAUUUGAUUGAUGUUCUAUCAGACGUAAUCGAGCACCAUACUGUUGACAGACUGAACGCCAUACACAAGCAAAUAUCGGCCAGCUUGAACAGCAUUCUAGCCAUUCGGACCCAGCAGAUUACUGAUGAGAAGAAGCACGGUCACGAGCAGGAUAUUUUAAGCUGGCUUGACUUCCGUCAAAUCCAUUGGAGGUACGAUGCCGUCGAUGAUGCCUACCAAGACACAUACAACUGGAUUUUCGAAUCUGCCAACGGCACACAGGAGUGGGAUGAUCUUGGUUCUCAUCUCAGACAGGACGUUAAAGAUCCGUACUUCAUCGACGGGAAAGCAGGAAGUGGCAAAUCGACUUUGAUGAAAUACAUCGUUGAUAACCGAAAAACCCGCGAAGCUCUGAAGGAAUGGGCUGGGCAGGAUCCGCUUCUAAUCCUUCCAUUCUUCUUCUGGAACAUCGGCACAACGCUACAGAAAUCUCACAUCGGACUUUUGAGAGCGCUACUAUAUACAGUCCUCUCAAAGCACCCUGAGCUGGUUCCGGCCGUUUUCCCAAAGUUGUUUCACAAUUGGAAGGGGUCCGACGCUGAAAUUGCACCCGAUUAUACCGAGCUGAAGAGAGCUUUCGAAUUGAUGAUACAAAAGUCCACCUAUUUGAAGCUUGCCAUCAUGAUAGAUGGAAUUGACGAGUUUGAAGGUGAUCAUCGGGACAUGUCCCUUUUCCUUCGCUCUCUGGGUUCUCCACGUGUGAAACUUAUAAUCUCGAGCCGGCCGCUCAAUUCCUGCUUAGAGGCUCUGGAAGGUUGUCCUACAUUGCGUUUACAAGACUUGACGCGGAGAGAUAUGGCAGCUUUCGUCCAGGGCGAAUUAGCGACCCACCACCUGAUGAUACGUCUGUUGCGCCAAUUUCCAGACAGGGCACCGCUAUUAGCAGUUGAAGUGGUCGAGAAGGCUGCAGGUGUCUUCCUCUGGGUCAAACUUGUAGUACGACUGCUGAUCGAAGGACUGGAAGACGGUGAUGAUCUCGACGAGCUCGAAGCUCGGCUGAGCUCUUUACCUCCCGAUCUACGGGAGCUUUACCGCAGGAUGCUCGAAAAGAUGAGUACCAAAAAUCAGAGACAAGCGUCGGAAGUGUUCCAGAUUGUUCAAACGUGGAACAAGAAGGUGAACGACCAACAGAUUCCCGGCUUGGUUUUAUCAUACGCCCUAAAGGCCCCGAAAGAGUGCUUUGAUGUUCCUAUUGCGCCUAUGGACUGCGAAGCAUUCGACUCUGAAAUGUACGUCCUGAGCAAGCGAAUCAGGAGCCGGUGUUGUGGGCUGCUCGAAGUGCACCAUGUGAAAAUGCGCCGUUUAAGGAGGGAAGCAAAAUUGACAGAGGACCAAUCGAUAGACGACCCUGUUACGCUUGAUGAGGCUAACAAGACAGUGGUCACGUACAUGCACCGUACUGUAGCAGAAUUCCUCGAUACGAAGACCACAUGGGAGGAUAUAUGUGCGUUCACAAGAGAUCGGAAUUACGAUCCUUCAGUCCGUCUGACGUCCGGGUGUCUUUCCACAAUCAAGAUGGCUACACACCUCCGCGAUGUCUCGUUGCGAUGGUUAUUGCAACUUACUACGAUGUUCUGCGGAAGUGCGACGAAACUACCAAUACACGUGUACGCUCGUUACCUCGUCGAGAUUGACAACAAAAUGUGUGAACUCCAACAGGAUCUCCAAGGACCUGAUGGCGAUACCGACUACAACCCAAAGGACAAGAGAAACGGCGGCCAUAGCAACUACAACCCCAAGGACACUGCGCACUGGUCAGUCAGUUGGAUUGGUCCAGAGUUGGCGAGACUCAAAUACAAAUACGUGAGCCUUGAAACCUUCGCAGCGGCAAGGGGCCUCUAUUUCUUUUCGAUUCCUUCCAACAAGCCGAAAACCGAUUACUCAUGGUUCGUGAACAUUUGGUAUGCUAUAUCCAGCUGGCGCCGGACAGAAUUCUCCGAAGACUAUCUACCAGAUCGCUCCCAGCGGAAACGAACUCUAGAAUAUCUUGCAAAGCACAUGAGAAAAUUUGAAGACACUAGCCUUAUACAUCGCCUAUGGCACCAGGUACUUGAGACAAGCACGUGCUUGCAAGAGGAGCGCAAAUAUCUUGAUGCUGCGGAGCUGUUGUAUACUUUUCUAAAAGCUCAUGGAUCGCCACGCAGGUUGUGGGAGCUGAGCAGAGAAGCAUAUGAGUUAGGUGAUGCUGAAUAUGAUCCACAACGCAUCUGCCGCGGAAUGUUUCACGCAUGCAGGAAAGCUGGCUGGGAAGAUGAUCAGAAUCAAGACGAUGCUAUGCGCGUUCUGAAAGAACUGCACCUGCUUGUGUCGCGCAAUCCUGUGCCUGGCAAAAGAAUUUUGGAUGAUGAUGACGGUGGAGAGUUCUUAUCUGACACAGAUGCUUCUAAUUUCGAACGAGCUUCAGCUUCAAGUUCUUCGCCGCAACCUUACCUUGCUCUCCAACCGCCUCUGGAAUCCAGCAUGCGACGUACGAAACAUCAAAUGUUACCCGACUCAGAGAACUUGGAAAGCUCUGAGCGCACUAAAAGAAGACGUGUUAAUCCAGCUGUAGAAUGGCAUGUACCUGCGCACUGGAACACAUCUAUAGACUCGAAUCAGUGUCCGCUAGAGGAAUGGGAGAUCCAGGAAGCAGAUCAUGCUUUAGACAUGGAGGAGUAG